AUGCCCAGCCAGCCCGCCCAGACCCCAGUCUUCGAGUUCCAAGCUGCACCCGAGCGAAACCCAGACAAAUAUGGCCCGAAUGCGAACAACAACCAGAAGAAAUGCUCUCAAUUGGCCGCAGACUUCUUCAAGGACAGCGUCAAGCGUGCUAGAGAGCGAAACCAGAGACAGAGUGAGAUGGAGCAAAAGCUUUCCGAACCAAAUCAAUCGCCUUCAAGGAGAGAGCAGAUUUGGUCUACUGGUGGCCGUCGCGAGGGCUCUUAUCUGCGUUUCCUGCGCACUAAAGACAAGCCCGAGAACUACACCACGGUCAAGAUCAUCGGAAAAGGUGCUUUUGGCGAGGUCAAAUUGGUCCAAAAGAAAGCAGACAGCAAGGUCUACGCUAUGAAGUCAUUGAUCAAGACCGAGAUGUUCAAGAAGGACCAGCUUGCUCACGUUCGGGCCGAGCGAGACAUUCUUGCCGAAAGCGACAGCCCUUGGGUGGUCAAGCUCUACACAACAUUCCAGGAUGCUAAUUUUCUGUACAUGUUGAUGGAGUUCUUGCCAGGUGGAGAUCUAAUGACCAUGCUCAUCAAGUAUGAGAUCUUCUCGGAAGACAUCACGCGAUUCUACAUUGCAGAGAUUGUGCUAGCGAUCGAGGCAGUUCAUAAGCUGGGCUUCAUUCAUCGUGAUAUCAAACCCGACAAUAUCCUCCUGGAUCGCGGCGGUCACGUCAAAUUGACCGAUUUUGGCCUUUCGACGGGAUUCCACAAGUUGCACGACAAUAACUACUACCAACAGCUUCUCCAAGGAAAGAGCAACCGUCCUAGAGAUAGAAACUCUAUUGCCAUCGACCAGAUCAACCUGACUGUCUCUAACCGUGCUCAAAUCAAUGACUGGCGACGAAGUCGUAGAUUGAUGGCUUAUUCCACUGUUGGUACCCCAGACUACAUUGCGCCCGAGAUCUUCACAGGCCAUGGAUACAGCUUCGAUUGCGAUUGGUGGAGCUUGGGCACUAUCAUGUUCGAGUGUCUCGUUGGUUGGCCCCCGUUCUGUGCAGAGGACAGCCAUGAUACCUAUCGCAAGAUCGUCAACUGGAGACAAAGCCUGUACUUCCCGGACGAUAUCCAGCUUGGUGUAGAGGCGGAGAAUUUGAUCCGAAGUCUAAUCUGCAACACUGAGAACCGACUCGGCCGUAGCGGUGCUCACGAGAUCAAGAGCCAUAGCUUCUUCCGAGGUGUUGAGUUCGACUCUCUUCGUCGCAUCCGUGCUCCAUUCGAGCCCCGCUUGACUAGCAACAUCGAUACAACGUACUUCCCCACGGACGAGAUCGAUCAGACUGAUAAUGCGACGCUGCUUAAGGCGCAACAGGCCGCCGCUAAUCAGCAACGCGCUAUGGCCGGAGUUGCUGAGGAGAGUCCCGAGAUGAGCUUGCCCUUCAUCGGAUACACUUUCAAGCGGUUCGAUAACAACUUCCGAUGA